UUUUUGAGGGCUGGGGCGGGGCUGUUUCGUAUAAAAGGGCGCGGGAGCGGGACAGGCAGCAGCAGCCAUCUGACUCGAGAAGUGAGCGGACAUGAAGUUCUUGGUUGUGGCAGCAGCGGUGGUGGCGUGCGCUGGCGCUCGCUCCAUCAACUCCGGUUGGGUCCUUCCGGCGGGCAACAUCGGCACCUCGGGCAUCCUGCGCAAGGAUGGCUCCACCAAUCUGUUCGGCCAUGACUUCGCUCACAGCAUCAUUUCCAUCGGACCCGCUGGCAUCAUCCUGAAGGACGGCCCACCCAUCCAGCUCGACGCCGACCUCAACAUGGUGGGCCGCAGCAAGCGCUCCACCGUUGGAUUCGUCAAUAAUGUUGGCAGCAUCGGCCGCUCCGGAAUCGUGCGCAAGGAUGGCACCAUUGAGCAGUUCGACUCUGCCCUGGCCCACGACAUCGCUUACUUUGGCCCCACCGGCAUCAUCCUGAAGAACGGUCCCCCCAUCCACCUGAACGAGAACCUCAACACGAUGGGCCGCACCAAGCGCCACACCGUUGGGCCCAGCGGCAUGAUCACCUCCUGGGGUCAGGCCAUCCAGUUCAAGGAACCCUUCGCCACGAUCAUUCUCGACGGACCCAGUGGCUUCCAGCUCUCCGACGGCACACUUGUGCAGAAGCCCGCACAGUAGGCGGCACUUCCCAGCGCAGCUACAUGGCCCGUUGGCCACGCACCUCUCCACCACAAACUUGAUUCAUACUGAAUAACUGUCUUUUCAA